AUACAUUCAGUGAACAUGGGUUUCAUCGUUUUCUGUGUUGUCAGUUCAUAUACGUUCUGAGAUAAACAUGUAGUAAAGUGUUUGUUGUAUUGGAUCAGUAAAAGUAACUCUAGUUGUAUCGAUAAGUAAGCUAUGGGUAAAGACCGCAUUCCACCUGACACCAGCUCCCCAUCAACAAGUCACCACCACACAGAAGGUAAAAGGAGACAAGCAGCUGCUAAUGCUGAUCACCAAGGGUUUAAAAAAUGGAAGAAGAAAAGAAAACAAUAUGUCGCCAACAGUUCUGCAUCCCAUGGAAGACACUGUGACCAGUCCAACAAAAGGAGUCAGUCUACCAUGUCAUCUCAAAGGUAUCACAAGAAGAAAAGUAAGUCUCGCCAGGAGACAAAGAGUGUUGAAGACACCUCCAGUGAUGCAUAUUCUUCAAAGAGCCAGGCUUCACAAGCUCCUCAGAUACCAGGCUUCUACUACGACCCUGAUCAGAAGAAGUACUUCAAGAUCCUUUCCAGUAAUAACAAUGUGAAUGUUGUCACAAAGGAAAAGAUUGCAAGGGAUCAAGCAGAAAAACAGAGACUUAAAGAUUUGUCUGAACUUGUGUCUUCAAAUCGACUUAACUCUAAUCCUAACUUGCCAAAACUGACAAGCAAUGUAGUUCACAUACUCUGUAGAAAUGAAAGAGGUGGUAUUGGUCGGACACAGCUUGAGAAUCAGAUGGUGGUGUCAGACAUCAGGUCUCUGAAGCCAGCUGGGUCUUGGGUUGUGUUUGAUGAUCCUCAUGGAGUUCAUGAAGCCCUGGAGCACAUGAUCAUGAUGGACACUAGCAAGGAGAAGGACAAGAUCCUUGGACUGUGGUCGGUGAAGGAGACGGUGAUGCAGAGGCUGCAACUGUUGCAUCUUGAGGAGAAGCAGAGGACGGAAACCAGUGCUACACUCUCGGUUGAUGUCGGUGCUACAGGGACUACUGUUCUUCAGUCUUGGAAUAAAAUCUCUAACGUAUGUUGGGCUCCAUUUAUCAAGUCUCCCGAUCGAAACCAUGUGUUGUACACCACAAUAUGCCAUACUGGCAACUCAUGUAGUUUAGCUUUUAUCAGGAACCUGGACAGGACUCGGCGCCAGGAGGAGUACUUUGAUUUUGAUCUUGGGCCCAGGGCGACCUGGACGUGCGCGUGGAACUAUCCCCGGCAACAGUUUAGUGUGGGCAGUGAGAAGUGCUCACUGUUGGUGGACUUGGAGACGAGGAGGAUGUGGGAGUUUCCUUGUUCAAGUGAUCCCUUUGCCCAGAUAUUCUCACCCAAUUCAGGACAAAUCCUGUACAGUGGUGGGAGAAAUGGGGCCAUCUUGUGCCAUGAUCUUCGCAACCUCCCAACUCAACCAAACUCCUACCUCGGACACAAAACAAGCAUUUCCUCUCUCAGGAUUAGCAGUUCAGAGAAUGAAUUGUUCUCAAGUGACAUUUCAGGAAGGGUGAAGAUGUGGGAUGUACGCAUGCAGCAGGCUGUGAUUGAGUAUUCCGGACUCUUCAACCGAUACAGUCGGAUACCACUACACCUGGAUGAGACAGAGCAGGUGUUGUAUGGAGCUGGACAGGAUUGCUACACCAGAUUCUGGUCUGUGAAGACUGGCCAGUUGCUGAAGACUGUGCCUCCUCCAUGCCCAGUGACAAGGGAGACAAUCCCAGCUGUGCAGUACUCAACACGAUGGGCAGACAAAAAAGGGAACUCAGGGCUCAUCAUGGGUAUUGGAGAUAAACUGUAUUACUACUGUAGGUCUAUAUGACAACACCUCAUCAUCUCUGCUUCUUGCAGACAAGGACUCAUCACCAAUAGGUGCUCUCACCUCUGCUAAAACAUGCUGUUAUUUAAUACUACACAUGGUAGAGGCAGAUUAUUGGAUAGCUUUAAUUUGUUUGCUGAGAAAGCAAAGUAUUGUCAUGUGAUGACUGAGAGACAGAGGUGUAUUGUUAGUGUUGGCAACUUGUAAUAUUUAAGUUAACUUGAUAUAACUGUACCAGCCCUCUGACACUAGUUCUGUGGAAGUAUGGUGAGAGAUGCAGUGUUGUGGUAAACAUGGUAAGAUUAGCAGAACUGUUACCAUGGUUAUACUACAUUUAUUAUGAAUGUUGUUAAUAUGUUGUGCAUGUUAAUGCAGAGAUAACCAUGGUAUAGUACGUAACCUGUACGCAAAGACAGGUUACCCAUUAUGUGUAAAAGUGAUUACCUGAGAGGGGGUCACACAUUCGUGUGCCUCUCUGACCACAGGCAGGGGAAUUUUACAUAACUAUCAAAAACGUGUCGAAAAGUGUUAUUUUUGAAAACCAUGUAACAAAAUUUGGUAUUAUCAUUGAUAGUUAUUGAACACAUACUUGUCGAAGACUGGUGGUAGUGUGUGUGUUAUGUGCCAGCAUACAACAUUGUACCAUAACAUAUUUGAGCUAGUACUUGUUGUUGCCCUGGCUGGUGCUGGGCUUAGGGGAUGAAACAAGGCGUGGUCAGUAUUCCAUGUCUCAGUGUGGUAUUCAUGUCGAAACUACUGCAGGGUUUUACAGUGGGCGAGCUCAACAAAUCUACCCUAAAUCAAUAUCAGUAUAAUCAGAGAGGUGGUUGUGCUAUGUAAGUACAAUAAUGUGAUGUGAUGUUAAACCCAACUUGUCCAUGUAUUAACCAAGAUUGGUACCGCCU